UCAUUUGCUUUACUGAACAACAGCCCCAACGCAGUGCCAGAAAAGAAGCUUCGGAAGGGCUUAAAACCCGCUCAAUCGCCCCUGCAGGAGGGAGAGCUGAUUCGGGCCCCUCUUUCACUGCUGUCUUCUCUUCCAGCGCUUUAUCCAACCCCGUCGCACCCACUCAGCCCCGGUUUAACCAUUUCCAGAACGGUUUUCCCACCAAGCCCAUCCCGGCACCGCCCCCGCCGCGCUCCCGGCGUGCCCCGCCGCACGCAUGCCUGGUCCGGAGCCUCGGAUGCCCGGUGGGUCGCCCCCAGUGCCCAGUCGGUAGCCCCCGGUCAGUAGCCCCCCGUUCCUGGGAGUUCAAAGAGCUUUGUGUAUGGAUGCUUACUACUGCCUAGUUCAAUUCACUUAGGAUGAAACGAAUCAUGUUUGGUCUUUCCUACACUGGACUGGGUAGACUGGAUUCAGAACGUGCAAAGCCUCGGCACUGCUGCAUGGACCGCGGUUGCUACCAGCAUAAAGCAACCACAAUGGAAAGAUUACGUUCUCCUCGUCUCAGGAACAACUGAUGAUACACAGGACAAUGCGCAGUGUAUACCCUGAUGACAUUUUGUGUGCUGUGACCUUUUUUUUGCCAUGGCAUCUGAGACUGAAAAGGCCCAUGCUCUCCUCCAAACUUUUAGCACUGCUUCAGUUAUUUCUAGUCUAGGUUUGGGAAUAUUCUGCUUUGUAGCAGACAGACUUCUGCAGUUUUCCUUUGUUCAGCAAAAUGACUGGCUCCGAGCCCUCUCUGAUAAUGCAGUGCAUGGCAUACUAGGGAUGUGGUCCUGGGCAAUAGUGAUUGGACUCAGAAAGAAAAGUGACUUCACUGAGGUCACUCUGGCUGGCUUCCUUGCUUCUGUCAUUGAUGUGGACCACUUCUUCCUUGCUGGCUCCCUGUCAUUAAAGGCUGCUCUGACUCUUCCACAGAGACCACUUCUUCAUUGUUCUACUGUGAUUCCUGUUGUGGCUUUGACAUUAAAGUUUAUUAUGCACCUUUUCAGGCUUAAGGAUUCAUGGUGCUUUCUUCCCUGGAUGUUGUUCAUAUCCUGGACUUCUCAUCACGUCCGUGACGGGAUUCGUCAUGGCCUCUGGAUCUGCCCAUUUGGAAAAACUCCUCCUUUGCCAUAUUGGCUGUAUGUGGCAAUUACAGCAUCUUUACCUCAUUUAUGUUCAUUUAUUAUGUAUUUGACAGGCACUAGAGAAUUAAUGUCUAUAAAGCAUGGAGUCCGCAUUGAUGUGUAAGAAUGGUGGCUCUUAAAAGUUGUUCGUAUUAGCACUUGAAGUAAGCUGUCUGUUUGUCACUGAAGUGAUUUCCUUGUUUCCUGCAACUCCUGAGUUAGACAACUGUGGAGCCAGUUGCAAGUCCUGUGGCAAUCCCUUAUUACAGAAACCUGUUCAAGGAAUGGUAAUAAUUUUAUGUCUAUAUAUUCCCCUUGUAAAAUAUGUGAUCUCUGAUUAUAGCUCAUGUAUAGCUAGCUGAUUUAUAAAGUAGUUAGUCUUGAAAUUGUAUUAAUUACAUUACAUUUUUCUGUCAUGAUGCCAU